AUGGGAAAUGCUCAGCAGGAAAUCAUCAAACACCUCUGUCCUUUCUUCUGUCCGUUCAGGCAUAUUGUUUUCUCUCAGGGGGAUAUAAAGGAGGAUUACGACAGACUUCGACCUCUUUCUUACCCUCAGACGGAUGUGUUCUUGAUCUGUUUCUCUCUCGUGGAUUCAGACUCAUUAGAAAAUGUUAGUGAAAAGUGGUAUCCAGAGGUCAGGCAUCAUUGCCCUGACGCUCGGAUCAUUCUAGUCGGGACUAAACUUGAUCUGAGAGACGACAAGGACACCAUUGAAAAGCUGAAAAAGAAGAAACAAACCCCCAUCACCUAUCAUCAAGGCCUGGCUGUGGCUGAACGAAUAGGAGCUGUGAAGUACCUGAAGUGCUCAGCAUUAACACAGAAGGGCCUUAAGAUGGUGUUUGAUGAAGCUGUCCUGGCGGUCCUGGAUCCGUCCCCAGUGAAGAAAAGAGAGAGAAAGACUGAUGACUCCCUGGAUGAUGAUACCGCAGACUUCACUGAAACAGUUGAAGCAAAUGUGCCGAAUUGUGUCGAGGCUUCGAAACAAUUAGACACCCGUCUCCACUGUGACACCAAGUAG